CAUUUUGAUGGCCGGCAGCCCGUGUUGUGUAUCACUGAUCCCGCCAUGGUAAAAACUAUCCUGAUAAAGGAGUGUUACUCUUUCUUCACCAACCGCAGGAAUUUCCGUCUGAAUGGGCCGCUGUACGAUGCUGUGAACAUUGCAGAGGAUGAUCAGUGGAGGAGGAUCCGCAGCAUCCUUUCUCCCUCCUUCACCUCUGGGAGAUUGAAAGAGAUGUUUGACAUUAUGAAGCAGCAUUCAGCUGUCCUGAUCAGCAGCAUGAAAAAGAAAGCAGAUAAAGAUGAACCUCUAGAGCUGAAAGAGUUUUUUGGACCCUACAGUAUGGAUGUGGUAACCAGCACCGCCUUCAGUGUGGACAUCGACUCUCUCAACAACCCCUCAGAUCCUUUUGUCACUAACAUCAAAAAGAUGCUGAAAUUUGACUUUUUCAACCCCAUCUUCCUCGCUGUUGUCAUCUUUCCAUUCCUGAUUCCCAUAUUGGAAAAACUGGACUUCGCCUUUUUCCCUACAUCUGUGACAGACUUCUUUUACGCUGCGCUACAGAAGAUCAAGAUUGAUCGAGAGACCAGCAAGCAAAAGGUCGGACAGGUCACGAGAUCCUUUCCCAAGCAAUGAUUUUCCUCUUUGCUGGCUACGAAACGACCAGCAGCUCUCUCACUUUCUUGUCUUACAAUUUGGCAACAAACCCUCAGGUGAUGAAAAAGCUGCAGGAGGAGGUGGAUGCAACCUUCCCUAACAAGGCUCCCAUCUAGUACCAGGAACUAAUGCAGAUGGAGUAUCUCGACGGUGUCAUCAAUGAGUCUCUCCGAUUGUUCCCCAUUGUUGCACGUUUGGAACCAAGGCCAGUGUGGAGAUAAAUGGCUUUGUGAUUCCAAAAGGUUCAGCAAGGAAAACAAGGAGACAAUUGAUCCGUACAUCUACAUGCCUUUUGGAGCAGGCCCGAGGAACUGCAUUGGGAUGCGAUUUGCUCUGGUUGUGGUGAAACUUGCAAUAGUGGAGAUCCUCCAGAGGUACAGCUUCUCUGUGAGUAAGGAGACCGAGAUCCCCAUUGAGUUGGGCGUCCAAGGUCUCCUACAGCCAAAACGACCAAUCAAACUGAAGCUGGCGUCACGUUCUUAACCUUCCUGCUAGAAAUAAAAUGACAAUGAAAGAUUCUCUUCUUAAUUGUGCUCGUUACAAACCUUUUGUGUACAGAAGCAAAUGCCAGUUUUUUACCGAAACAGUACAAGCGUGUACCUCUGCAUCUUUUUUCUUAACUG